AAUAGUAUUUCGUCAAUAAAGUGAGGGGUUGCCCUCCAUUACACGCCUGGUUGGGAUAACAAGGGAGCUAUGUUAAUUAGUGUUAUCCCCUCCCCCCACGGGACAUUUCCAAGUAGCUCCUGACCCGUUUUCCAAACAGAGACGAGUUGUCAGACGGUCCCUAAAAAAGAAAACAGUCUAUUGUUCCAGCACCCGCUCCUGCUCUGGACGGUGCAGUGCCGCGUUUGGCCGCAGAGGGCGCUGCACGCAUGGCAGGCCGGGCUCCGCGGCCUUCACAUCUUUUUGUCUGAGAACUGGAUCCCUCUGCCGCUCUACAGUGUGUGCGAUAGCCUCGGAGCUGCGUCCGUAACACACUGUCAAACCACUCCAAACGAAUACAACCGCGACCAAAAGCAUUUAUUCUCCACAUUCUGCCAUGGCGUUUCUAAUCUGCCGGUGAAUCGGUCGUAUUUCUGACUGUUCGUUGGAACUUAGUCCGGGGUUGAAUCGGGCUUGCUUUCUGUGUGCAUCAGUCUUUAUUAGCGAGCUGCCGCUCUUCUUGCUAUCAGCUAUUUCUUUAACUUUUUAAACACUCAGCUUCGCGAAUGACUGAGCGCCGGCGGAGUAUGGGAUCCUUGGUGUCUUAAGAAGCGACUGAAGUGGGGUUUAACCGUUUUUGCAUGCAAAAACAAUGGCAAAUUCGACGGGGAAAAAUCUACUAGAUCAGCGAAGGAAAGGACAGGCUUUCCUGGACGAGCUGCGGCAAUUUCACCAAAGCAGAGGAUCGCCGUUCAAGAAGAUUCCUUUCGUGGGUGGGAAAGAGCUGGAUCUGAAUGCUCUCUAUAUCAGAGUCGUCUCUUUAGGUGGAUUUGCUAAGGUCUCUGACAAAAACCAGUGGAUUGAACUCGGAGAAGAGUUUAACUUUCCGAGGAGUUGUUCCAACGCUGCAUUUGCUUUAAAACAGUACUACCUUCGAUACUUGGAGAAGUAUGAGAAAGUCCACCACUUCGGCGAGGAUGAUGAAGAAGCGCAGCCGGGGAAUCCCAAAGCCUCUCUUCCAAUCGGUGCAAUUCCCGGCUCUUAUAACUACCAGCAACACAUUGUAUCAGACUAUCUCCGCCAAAGCUAUGGACUGUCUACGGAUUUCAUUCCGCCGUGCGACUACAACAAACUGGUGCUGUCUCUCCUUUCGGGCCUACCCAACGAAGUGGACUUUGCUGUUAACGUUUGCACUCUGCUUUCCAACGAGAGCAAGCAUGCCAUGCAGCUGGACAAGGACCCCAAACUGGUCACGUUGCUGCUGGCCCAUGCCGGUGUCUUCGACGACUCGCUAGGCAGCUUCUCCGGGGUAUUUGGGACGGACUGGAAGGAGAAAACCUCCCGGGACUUUGUCAGGUUCUGGAAAGAGGUGGUGGAGGACACCGAAGUCAGGGAGCUGAUCUGGGACAAGAGCAGCGCAGCACAAGCAGAUGGUACGUCGUGUGAGGAGCGCUGGCACAGCCUCUUCCACCCGCCACGGAACCCGGGUAUCAGUGACAUGGAGGCUCAGCGGGUGCUGCAGAUUGCCGUUAUCCUGCGAAACCUCUCCUUCGAGGAGGCCAACGUCAAGCUGCUGGCGGCCAACCGAACGUGCCUGCGCUUCCUUUUGCUCUGUGCCCACUGUAACCUCAUCUCACUCCGACAGCUUGGACUCGACACGUUGGGCAACGUGGCUGCCGAGCUGCAGCUGGAUCCGGUUGACUUUCGGACAACUCAUCUGAUCUUUCACACCAUCACCAAAUGCUUGAUGUCCAGGGACAGGUUUCUCAAAAUGAGAGCCAUGGAGAUCCUUGGCAACCUCAGCAAAGCAGAGGACAACAGUGUGCUGAUCUGCGAGUAUGUGGACCAGGACUCUUACAGGGAGGUAACCAUGCUCCUCACGCUGCCUGACCUCAUGCUCCUCAUGGCCUCUUUGGAGGUGCUGUACCUGCUGGCCCAGCUCGGAGAGAUUCCCUGCAGCAAGAUCGCCUCCGUCGACCACAGCAUAGACCUGUUAGUGCGGUUAGUUUCGGUUGACCUUCAUACGUUUGGACCCGAUGCCCUAACAGCAGUGCGGUUGAUCGAGCAUCAGGCCAGUGCCGAUCAGGCGGCCGAGGUUCGACCACAGCUGGUAGAGCAGGUUCCUGCAGCCGUGCAGGGGGCACCAGCACCCGUAACGAGGGUUCCUGUUCAAUCCACUCAACCACCACCUGGUAUUGUUGAACUAGAUGGGGAGAAAUUUACACUGCAGUGGCUAAACGCACACUUCGAGACAAACCCUGAGGGAUCUGUGUCUCGAUCCGAAAUGUACUCCGAGUACCUGGCCACGUGCAGUAAAAUGGGACGAAGCAACAUCUUGAACUCCACCGGCUUCCUCAAAUGUCUGCGGACUGUGUUUCCCAACCACACGAUGCGGCGGCAAGAGGAACCCAAGGCCAACGGUCAGGUUCAGAUUCUCCUGGUAGGGCUAAGGCGGCGGUCAAUCCCCCUGCCCAUCCAGCUGUACUACCAGCAGCCUCAGCAGCAGCAACAACAACAACAACAGCAGCAGAGUCCGGCAGCAGCUCCUCCACCUCCAGCAGCACGACACGAAGCUCCUGGAGACUCUCAGGCCCCGCCUCCAGGUUUACCUCCCGGGCAACUCAGUCUUGGACCCCCGUUUGUCCGGGCCCUGGGCCCCAGCCUCAGCACCGCUGGUGCCGCCCCAUCCAUGGCCUUGACUACACAGGAACCUCCCCAUGCAAGCCACCCGUCUGUUUCCCGUCACCCGGUACCCCCACAGGUGCCUCUGCAGUUACCACCAAAUUCUCUGGCAACAGUGCAGCAGGCUCGACCCGGUCCAGUGGUCCAGAUUCCGACGUCUGCACCGGCCAACCAGAACCACAGCCCCCAGAACCCUGCAGCUCAGCAACACUCUCCGAUGCUCCCCACGGGGACACCCGUCACGCUUAUUCAACAGGUACCACAGGGCCACAUCCUUACCGCCAGGGUACAAGGCGUGUGCCCUCCGAUCACCCAGCACCCACCCCUGCCUCAAACUCCUCCCCAGGUGGAGCCUCCGUGUAUUGCUGCAGCAUCGACACCCUCUCCCAUCCAGGUGGCGGGGGGUCAGACUUUGAGUAUCGCAGGCGUGCCCAAUUCGCAGGGCUCACGCGUCACAUUUCAGAACAUCGCCCCCAAACCAGCGCCAAACCAGUCAGGUGGACCAGCAGCCACGAUAGCCACUCCCAACCAGCAGCCUCAGCCUCAACAGCAGGCGCAGAGUGUCGUAAUAGUCAGUCCCAACCCUCAGCAGAACCCAGCUUACUCCCCUGCCAUACACCAGAUCGUUCUUGCCAACCCCUCUGCCAUUCCCGGUGCCCAGACUAUCCAGAUAGCAGGGCAGCCUGGAGCUGCUUCCAGCCCCUGCCCGCCUCCAGCUUCCCACUCCAACACCCAGGUCCAGUCCAGUCAAACUGUCAGCCACGCACUGUCCAUGAAACGGCAUCAACAGCAGCAACACCAACAGCAACAGCAACCACCACUCCAAAUAAUUUCCCAAACUCCCCCCUCUCAGCCUACCUCCACUGAGUCCAGCUUGAUCAAACAGCUACUGCUUCCAAAGCGAGGGCCUUCUACACCGGGAGGAAAGCUAAUCCUGCCCGCCCCACAGGUGCCCCUUCCCAACAACACAUUAGCCCCUAGUCCACAGCUCAUCUACCAGACAAGCUACAGCACCCAGAAUCCCUCUCCUCAGCCUCAGCAGCUCAAUGUCCAGCUGGUUCCUGGUCAGCUUCCUCCUGCAGGAGCUCCAGCCCUCCAAACAGUCCAGCUCUUGCCAGGCCAGCUAAUUUCCACAAGUAGCCCCGGGGCAGCUACAAUCAUCCAGACCCCCGCGGCAGCUGGACAAGUCACAUUCACCGUGGUCCCCAACACUGGUUUCACCACCUCUGCUGCUGUUGCCGCUGUCAGCCAGGGUGUGGUGGCUCCAGGAGUCCCCCCUCCUCCAUUCUCUACUGGAACGGUGCCCCACCAUGCUCCAGCAGCUCCUCCACCACCACCGCCGCCGCCACCACCACCACUGCCAGCUCCCCUCAGAGGAGACAAGAUAAUUUGUCAAAAGGAGGAGGAGGCGAAGGACGCCACAGGGCUGCACAUCCACGAGAGAAAGAUAGAGGUCAUGGAGAACUCUUCUUUGGCAGAAGGAGAUAACGCAAACGGCAAAACCAGUAACGGAGAUGUUGGGGCAGGUGCCAAGCUGCUAAAUGGUCGGAAGUGCAUGGAGUCUAAUCUACCUCCAUACCACUCAGGGAACAGCCAGGGGGCGCUCAAUGGCCCGGCUACGGAGAGUCACCCUGCUAAUGGGAAGCAGGCCCUCUCCCCUGGCCUGAACACCCCCCUGGAGGGCAAUCCCGACCCCAAAAAGACACUAGUCAACGGCGUGUGUGACUUUGAUCGGGUUGAGAGUGGUGGCAACUUUAACAAAAACAUUCCAAAUCACAUAGCUUCCAAACAGUACUUGGGGAACGGGGAGGUGGGCCCCACUGAGAAGAGUCACGGGUCGGACACCCCUCUCCAUAGUCCUCCCCCCCAGCAGGACACUGCCAAAGCCCAGCAGGCUGAGCGCCUGGCCAACGGACCCCAGGCAGUAGGCAACAGGCCUCCCUCGGAAUUAACCAAUGGACCUUUGGGGCCGGGCCACGCUGUGCCUGUGCUAAGACAGCAACUGCACCCCAAUUCCACCCUCCCCUCCACUGUUUCUCUUACCUCCCAGAGUCUCGCUGCCCCUCCUGCAAACGGAGUGGCCUCUGAGGCUCGAGGUCUCAAGAGACCGGCCGAGAACGAGGACCGCAGCGCAGCGGGGCUGUCCUCGGGGAUCCCCAACAAAGUGGGAGUGCGGAUCAUCACCAUCAGUGACCCCAACAACGCCGGCAGCAGCGCCACCAUGGUGGCGGUGCCAGCAGGAACAGACCCAAGCACAGUAGCCAAAGUAGCAAUAGAGAACGCCACUCAGCAGAGGAACUGCUCACCCACACAGGCAGCUGGCUUAAUGCCUACAGUUACCCCGUCCCCGCCCCCCGCAUCCCAGCCUGCACCAGCGGGUAACCACAGCCCUCACCUCCCGGCACAGCAAACCCCCGCAGCACCACCAGAGCAAAGCAGGAAAGCAGGGCAGAACUUCAAGUGUCUGUGGCAGUCCUGUAAACGGUGGUUUGAAACGCCAUCUCAGGUGUUUUACCACGCAGCAACGCAACAUGGUGGGAAAGGUGUGUAUGGAGGCCAUUGUCAAUGGGAGGGAUGUGAACCCUUCCCCCGGCAGAGACUGUCCUUCAUCACACAUCUACAGGAUAAGCACUGUUCUCGAGAAGCUUUGCUGGCUGGACUCAAACUAGAGGAGCAGCAGGCGCAAAGUCCCAAUCAGACUUCUUCCCAGACUCCGCCAGCGGCAGGCAGUACUCCAGCCCCGCGAGCACCGAAAGCAAUCGUGAAUCAUCCGAGCGCAGCUCUCAUGGCCCUCCGCAGAGGCUCUCGAAACCUGGUCUUUAGGGACUUCACUGAUGAGAAGGAGGGACCAGUGACCAAACACAUACGACUAACUGCUGCCUUAACGUUAAAGAACAUCGCCAAGCACUCUGACUGUGGUCGCAUGUUGGUAAAGAGGCAUGAGACGCACCUCUCUGUGCUCGCGCUAAGUAACAUGGAGGUUUCCACCACGCUCGCCAAAUGCCUUUAUGAACUGACGCGCUCGCUCCAGGCUUAACGCCAAAAGGACAAACCUCUAUAAAAAUAAAAAAACCUCUCUCUCACCCCACCACCUCCAUCCCUCUCCUGAGACGAGAGGAGGAAGCCACCGGUGAGCCGUAGCGGGUCCGCAGGGAGAAGCAGAGAGCGUUUAAACCAGACCAGAGACCCUCCUUCUGCCACGCCUGGUACCUCUCAUCCCCCUCACCAACCUUCCUCACCAACCUGUGUUCAAAUCUCCUGCCCUCCCCCCAACCCACAAACAAACACACACGCAUAAAAAAAAAAAAAAAAAA